UUGUGAUCCUUUCCUUUGUUUUGUAGAAUGUUUUGACGGUUCUACAUCCAUGAGACUCCCAUCCUAACAGUGCUUUCCAUGCUUCUUCAGACAGCAUUAUAGCAAAUCGCUCACUGUGAGUAGCACCUUCCUCAUCGUGCCUAGGGUACAUCAGCAUCUCUACCGUAUCUAGCCUAUCCUGAUCAGCUUGGAUGCAAUGGGUUGCACCAGCUGUUGAGUGGCUUGUUAAAUUGGGUCAAGAAUUACAGCUCAUGUGCAAUGUCGUUGAAAUCGUUCCAGAUAAUCCUAUCGUCAUCAUGCGUUGGGAUGGAUAUCAACCGGAAUUACCAGCAAUCAUGUUAAAUUCACAUAUGGACGUAGUACCAGUAGUCGAAGAAAAAUGGUCAUAUCCUCCAUUCAGUGGUACAAUUACACCUGAUGGUAAAAUAUACGGUCGAGGUACUCAGGAUAUGAAAUCAAUUGGUAUCCAACAGUUGGAGGCUAUUCGAAGAUUAAAAUCACGUGGAUGCAACCAGUUGCGUCGUACAGUUUACUUGACUUUUGUACCUGACGAGGAGUUAGGUGGUGUGAAAGGAAUGAAACCAUUUGUAUUGAAUCAUAAUGAAUGUAAUAAUCAUCAUUCCGAAGAAAUUAGAUUUCAAGAUAUGAAUAUUGGGCUUUGUUUAGAUGAAGGUAUACCAAGUUGUUCAGGAGAUUAUUUAGCAUUUUACGACGAACGUCGUCCAGUUUGGAUAAAUGUACAUUUUCAUGGUAAUGCUGGUCAUGGUCUGGCUUUAAUUGAAAAUACAGCCGCUGAAAAAUUCCGGAUAUUUUUAAAUAGACUCACCAACUAAAUGUACUUGCAUGUUUUAUUGUCAACGUACCCACUGUAUAUCAACUCCACUACCAAUCGCUGUCACCUUCAGAAAAUUAUUUAUGAUGUUGAAUAAUGGGUGUUGGAAGUCUUUAGAUCCUUUGAAAGCGACUACGAACAAUUAUAUAGCUUUUGUUUGCUACUGUUAAUCCUAAAUAUGAUAACUGUUUAACUCGAAAUGUAAGUUUGAUUGAGUUUGUAGUCGAAUUGGGAUUACCAAUUGUAGCGUGGCGUCGAGUUGAGAUUAACUAUGAACACCGCUACAAAGAAACACGUGCCAAGCGAAUCAGAAGGCGUAAGAAGCUCGUUCCAAAUGACUCCAUAAAAUCCCCGAGAAGCCGAAUAUCAGAAGGCAAUUGAUGGACCAAGUCGAUGUUUAUUUGCUGGCGAUCUCGUGGCAUCCAAAGGAUACCGAGAUCGUGCCAGGAUACAACCUUGGUUACAGAAGGUAACCGAAUUCGCACGAAGUUACAAUCGAAGUGUAAGUAAAAGAAUGGAAGCACAAAAUAGCUGUCAUUAGCACAGUCAAACAAAAGCACGUUAAAACAAACACUGGUACAGUUGGUUAUAAUAAUAAUUGUUUUUAUUAAACCAGUCGUGUUCUCGUGAUAAACGUGAGUCACUACAGGAGCCCCCCGCUAGAAAGGGUUUACACUUUCGAUAAAUAGCGGUUUGAAUCGUGGGACUGAUCGGCUGACGAGCGAUUGUA